AUGAUUGCAAUUGAUUCAGUUUUGAUUGAUAGGGCUUUGUCGAUAGCCUUUAAACUGAAAAAUGUACAGACUGACCUGAAAAGCAAAAUAGCAGAGAAUAUUAUAAAAGAGGAGUCGGACGAAGAAGGGUCAGCUUUACAAAAAAUGUGUGAAGUUCAGAUGAAACUUCAACAAGCCUUCUUUGAACACCAGCAAGAACGGGCAGAAGAGCAAAUGAAAAUGCAACAGAAAUUCUUUGACAAGCAACACAGUCUCAAAAUUAAGAUUGAGAAUACUGUCAAAUUGCCAAAGUUAAUCAUAGUUUCCUUCAAUGGAAAUAAACUGCGAUGGAUUGAAUUUUGGGACUCUUUCUCUAGUGCUGUACAUGAAAAUGACAAUCUGUCGCCAGUUGACAAGUUCAACUAUUUAAAGGGAAAGCUGGUUGGAGAAGCUAGAGGUGCUAUCGCUGGACUGACAUUAUCUAAUGAAAACUACGGUAUUGCCAUAACAAUUAUAAAGGAAAGAUUUGGAGAUAAACAAGACAUUAUAGAUUUGCAUUACAAGGGGCUGGUGAACGUUGCAUCAUCUAAAGAUACAACUGAAAGUUUGCGAUUAUUUUAUGACAAAAUACAAAAGCACUUGAGAAGUUUGGAGGUUAUGCAUGAGAGUUUGGAGCAACAAGUGUUCGUAUCAAUUAUUCGGAGCAAACUACCAAGUGAAGUUCUUAUGCAUCUUGAAGUACAAAAGCGUGCAGACAAUAAGUGGACGAUAACCAAGCUUCGUGAGUUUCUCGGACAGUAUAUUGUAUCCAGAGAAAAGUCAGACAGACCGAAACCAGUCAGUGGUAAUUUUGUACCUGAUAAAAGAGUUAAUACACAGUUUCAAAGAUCAACAAAGACUUUUAAGAGCUACAGGGGUAAUUCAACAACAAGUAACACUACCGGAGCUACAUCAGAGAAUAUAUAG